CCUUACCGAUCCCCCCUUCCUAUACUGUGAAUCGCCACCACACAAGCAACCAACAUUAGUAUGGAGUUAUGGAGACCACGGGUCGAAAUACCGAUUUAUCCUGUAUCUCCGGAAUUUUUUCAUGCUUUGUAUUAUCGGUCGUUUAUAUCGCGAGCUUGUACGUAUGGAAUUCUCCUCACAAUAGUGUAUCUCGCAGAGAACAUCCUUCUACUAUAAAAAGAAGAUUCUUUAGUGUUUUUAUUGUUGCUCUAAUUUCACCAAUAUUUCUAUAUGUUGGCUUGGAUGAGGAGGUUUUCCAAAAAGCAACCAUUUGGGAAUUAUUGGGUUUACGAUGGUCUGGCCUAAUCCAAGCAAGUGUAAUACCAUUUCUUUUAACAAUGAUAUUAUUUUUGGGCCCAUUGAGCGUACAAAUUCUUAAUGGUUUUUGGAGAUUAUAUGCUGAGCCUAUGUAUUGGUUAGGAAGUGUACAUACAUUAAUCUGGUGGAGGAAUCACAUUGUUGCACCACUCUCUGAGGAAUGGACUUUUAGAGCUUGCAUGUUACCAUUACUCUUACAAUGUUUUACACAAACUACUGCCAUUUUUAUAUGUCCGUUAUUCUUUGGAGUAGCACAUUUUCAUCAUGUAGUAGAGAGAAUAAAAAUGGGUAUGGAAAUAAAACUUGCUUUAUUCAUAUCUUGUUUCCAAUUUACAUAUACUACGUUAUUUGGAGCUUAUGCAGCCUUUCUAUUUGUUAAAACAGGGCAUUUUAUAGCUCCUUUCAUAGCUCAUUCAUUUUGCAAUCAUAUGGGAUUUCCUGAAUUAUCCGAAGUUGUGGCUUAUAAAGAUCCUUUAAAAAGGGCAGCUCUAUUUUCUUUAUUUGUUAUUGGUCUAUUUGCAUGGUGUUUUCUAUUAACACCAAUGACUGAUCCAGCAAUAUAUCAUAAUAAUUUAUUCUGAUAUCAAAAGAUUUAUAUGAAUCAUAUUUUGCAAAAUUGUUACGGGUGUUAGACUGUAAUAUUUCUAUUUCAGAUAUCUCAUUUGUAACAAAAUAAUAAUUAAUCAUGUUAUGUGACACUGACAUAUGUUAACACUUAAGAUAUAUGUAUAAGGAUAUACUUGUAGAUUACAUUAUAAAACGUGUUAACAUUAAAUUUAAUGAUGCAUAUAAUAUGCAUAAUGUGAUUAUACUCAAUAUAAUAUCAGUCAGAAUAACUAUAAAA